AUGAAGGCCCAAUCCAAUCUGGUCCGACUGACCGCACUGUCGACGCUCUUCUACUACGUCCGCUGGCGAAUCUGCCAAUCUCCUGACACGUUUGGCGCCAUCCCUGGCUUUCUGCGCCCGACCUCAGUCCAACUAUGCGUUCCGCACCAGCAAUGGAUCGACCUUAUCCCGUGGCCGGCGCUCCGAGACUUCCUCAUCCUGCGCCUGGAUGGAAGCCAGUAUGCACAAUUCCGGGACGUCUUGAACGACACUUUUGUGAUGAAGUGGCCCCAACCCAUAUCAGGUUGUGUCGUCGAGGGCAAGGGUUGUUACACCCUCAGCCUCGAAUUUCGGCGUCACCUUUGCAACAUUGACAAUUGGGCAAUGAAGCCUCAAGCAUUGAAAGAGUUCCCUUUUCUGAGAGAGGUUGUGAAUGUUUUGCCAGAGCACUAUGAGUUGGACGAAUAA